AGAGUUAGUAUCAGCUUGUUCUUUCUUUCUGUGUGUGCAUUUCUAUUUACCUCCGAGUUUUCUCUGUUUCACUGUCAGAUGAGUUCAUGAUUUCUCCUGUGGAGGGUGAGCUUCGGGUGAGGAAGGAUGUAGAGCUGGACAGAGAGACUAUAGCUUUUUACAACAUCACUGUCACCGCAAGAGACCUGGGAACGCCUUUUCUCAACAGUUCGGUGCUGGUGGGUGUCUACGUUCUGGACAUCAAUGAUAACGACCCAGUCAUCCUUAAUUUGCCUUACAACACAAGUGUGAGCGAAGGUGCCGAAAUACACAACUCCUUGGCCAGAGUACAAGCUCGAGAUGCAGAUAGUGGACGCAAUGCACUUCUCACUUACAACAUCACUGCUGGAAACCUGGGUGGAGCCUUCUACAUCAACGACACAACAGGUGUUGUGCAGGUGAACAGACCGCUGGACAGAGAGCGAGUGGCAGAGUACAUUCUAACCAUCACUGUUAAGGACAACCCAGAAAACCCCCGCACUGCUCGCAGGGACUCAGACUUUUUGUUCAUCACCAUUCUGGAUGAGAAUGACAACAGGCCUGUAUUCACAAGGACCAGCUACAAUUCUGAAAUCACAGAGAACUCUGCAGCAGGCAGCACUGUAAUUGUUUUAAAUGGCCCGGUGCUGGCUGAGGAUAAAGACAUUGGACCAAAUGCUGUGGUGAAAUACCGACUGUUGGGGCCAAGAGUUGACCUUUUCACUGUUAACUCUGACACGGGGGUUAUACUGGUGCGCCAGGGAGCAAAGUUGGAUCGUGAAGCUUUUCAGGACCCUAGAGUAGAGCUGAUUCUGGUUGGGGAAGACAUAGAAGGUUUAAACAGCACUGUACCUCUCACCAUAACAAUCCUGGACCAAAAUGACAAUCCUCCGGUCUUCAGCCCGUCCAGUUUUAGUGUUCGACUGCCUGAGAACAGCCCCACUGGUGUUGUGGUGACUCAACUCUCCGCCACCGAUGCAGACUCUGGCUCCAACGCUUGGCUGGUGUAUCGUUUGGAAAGCAGUGCUCUAGACCGCUUUGUGGUUGACCCGCUCUCUGGUGCUGUCCUGGUGGGCAAUACCACACUUGACAGAGAGGAGCGUGCAUCCUACCACCUCGUUGUGAUGGCAACUGACCGCGGCACGCCCCCUUUGUCUGGCACAGCCACUCUGACGGUUAUCCUGGACGACGUUAAUGACUCGAGACCACGUUUUAUACAACCUGUAACUGUGAUAAGCAUCAAUGAGUCGACCCCACCAGGUGUGGUAAUAGCUACCCUCACUGCUGAAGACCCUGAUCUCAAUCCAAGGCUUGAGUACUACAUCAUCUCAGUGGAGGCAAAGGAUGAUGGAGACAAACCAGUGGUUGGCCUACAGGACUCCUUUGGCAUUGAUUUGCACACAGGUGCGGUAUUUGUGCGCAACCGUCUGAACAGAGAGUUUGUAGCUACAUUUGAGAUAAUUGUGUCUGUCCAUGACAAUGCCAGCGAGGUUAUUGACAAGUCCAGCAGGGUUGCUAAUGCGAGGCUAAGCAUUAAUGUGCUGGAUGUCAACGACAACGCCCCUCGUUUUCGGCCCUUCGGAGUCACAAUCUUCACAGAGAAGAUUUUAGAAGGAGCUCAGCCAGGAACAACAUUGCUGUCUGUGUCAGCUGUAGACCCUGAUAAAGGUCCCAAUGGUCAGAUCAGUUAUCAGCUCCUCCACUUGCCUAGAGGGGAAUAUGUUAGACUGGAGGACACCUCUACUGGAAAGAUUGUGGCCAAUCAGACGGUGGAUUUUGAGAAAGUGCAGUGGCUAAAUUUCACCAUACGGGCUCAGGAUCAAGGAACUCCUCCAAUGAGCAGUGAGCUUCCAGUUUAUUUGCAGAUAGUGGACGUCAAUGACAACAACCCGGUUUUUCUGCAACCCUCCUAUCAGAAACCCGUCUUUGAGAAUGUGGACUUAGGCACCACCAUAGUUCGUGUAACAGCCACAGAUGCUGAUUCUGGACUUUUUGCCGUCAUUGAGUACAGCCUCGUGGAUGGAGAGAGCAGGUUUGGCAUCAGAUCAUCCACUGGAGAAAUCUACAUCCUCUCCCCUUUGGACAGGGAGACAAAGGACCACUACACUUUAACUGCUGUUGCACGAGACAACCCUGGGGGGAGUCCUAACAACAGAAGAGAGAGCUCUGUUCAGGUUCUGGUGACGGUUCUGGAUGUCAACGACUAUCGUCCGCGCUUCACAAAUCGAGUGUAUAACACCAGCGUGUUUGAGAAUAAACCCAGCGGUACGUCUGUGAUAACAGUCACAGCCAUUGACCUGGAUGAAGGAGAGAAUGCUGCAAUAAUUUAUAGCAUACUUGGACCUAAUGUAGUUCUGCCGUCUCCUCUGCUGCUGAACAGAUGGAGCGUGAGGCGGCCCAGCGCAAGAGAGUUCGGGGGGCUGUUCUGUCCCUCCGCCUCAGCUCCGACGUUCCCCACCUGCUUCCGUACCGGCAACAAAGCCGUCAUCUUCCUUCCGCCGCAAGAAUAA